AUGGCCUCCUACCUAGCCUCAAUCUACGGCACAGAACAAGACAAAGUCAAUUGUUCCUUCUACUACAAAAUUGGUGCUUGUCGACACGGCGACCGCUGCUCUCGCAAACACAUCCGACCACCCUACUCAUGCACUCUCCUCCUCUCCAACGUAUACCGGAAUCCACGCCAUCACGAGCCGGAUUGCACCAUCACAGAUACCGAGCUCCAACAACAAUUCGAUGCGUUCUACGAAGACAUGUUUACCGAGCUAGCCAAGUACGGCGAACUUGUCGAAAUGCACGUCUGCGACAACGUCGGCGAUCAUCUCAUCGGCAACGUCUAUGCGAGAUACAAGUAUGAGACCGAUGCUCAGCUUGCGGUGGACGCACUCAAUGAUCGAUGGUAUGAUGGUAAGCCGUUGUUCGCAGAGUUAAGCCCAGUGACGGACUUUCAGGAAGCUUGCUGUCGACAAAACGAGACGAAUGAAUGCAAUCGUGGCGGAUUCUGCAACUUUAUGCACCUCAGAUAUGCCUCAGCACCGACACGGAAAGAGUUGAAUCAUCAAUUGGCGGUGGAGCUGCGGAAGAGGAAGGAGGAGGGAAGAUCGACAGCGGCAGGGGUGAUGAAGAAGUUGGGCUGGAAAGAGAGGUUGGCUUUGGAACAAGGAGAGGACUUGGCCAAGGUUGAGCAAGAAGCGGAGAGCAUAGAAGCAGAAGAAGCGAAGAAGCGUGACUGGAGAAGCGGUGGGUCAGGCGGUGAUUGGAGGAGUCAACCAAGAGCAGAGGAGCGAGAACCGGCGGAAGGGCAGAGGAAUGGCGAUGCUGAGAGCCCAAGUAGAGUUGAAGGAGAACAGUCGGCAAGGGAUCAAGCAUGA